ACGUCCACCACCUCCUCCACAGUUACUACUGACAACAGUGACACUAUACACACCCUCCCAACGUUAUUGCUUCUACAGUGAACUCUAUUUAUACUCGGAGGUGCUCAAUGUUGUUGUAGUAUGUAGCGAUAAUGAGAACAAGGAAAAUUAUAUGUGUGAGCGAGUGAGGAUUCGUCUCAUAGGAAAGCAGAAAUAAUAGUAGGCGUUGCGUGUUGGUGCGGUGACACCCCCAGCCUAGUUCUACCGUACUGUGUAAUGUGUCAAGCGUUAGUGUUGCUGGAGAAACAACACAUCAUCUACAUUACACUAUGCGAUAACCAAGUGUGACAGGGAAUCUGAAUGCCUGAAACACACAAAAAUUCCACUUGGUCUCAAAGUAGAAUUAAAAAUCUGGCGUGAAUGAUGCCAAAGGAGAGGCGGCUGUAAUAGAAAGUAAGAAAACCCUAUUAAGGCCCACCUCCCAUUAUUGCUUAUGGCAGCUGCGUUACAUUUUGGAAUGGACGAAGCCGAAAACACCCUCGUCUCCACCUCCCAUAUUGCAGAUUGUUCCCUGUUACUGUAAGAGAAGAGGAGGCCAGGUUCUGAAAGAGAAUACUGAGAUGGGGGCCAUGAACUACCCAUCAACAACACAGGCACUCUUCGCGCUGAUUGUCAUGAUAAUUGUUUUACUGUUCAUUUUGGUGUACUGCUGCUGGGGAACCUUCUCCUGUACCCACCAAGAUGAAUCCACUGCCACAGCUGAAGAGGGAACAGUUGUUGCUCAGCAACAAGGACAACAGGUUGUAAGAGGCACGCACAUGGUCAUAGUACCAAUUAAUAAUAUGAUAUAUGUGGGUGACCCAGAGUCUCGCCGCAUAUAUCAGAUUCCUCUUAAUCAAGACAAACCCCCUGCUUACACGGAGGCAAUCAGCGGUGGACCUCCUCCCCCAUAUGCAGCAGAUAAUUCCACAUCUGAAAGUCCAGCACCAAAUACACCUAAUGUUCUGCCAGAAACAAGGACUAAUCUUCCAGAUCUUCCUCCUUCUUAUAAUGACUGUUUAUCUGCACCUAGUUCAGAUAAAUUGUGGCAGACUAUUUUGAAUGAUCUUGCAAGAGAACAACAAGGACGUCAAAACCCAGAGCCCACUCCAGAACCUCCGGAAGGUCAACAUGUUCAACGGUCAGAAAGUGACGUAGAUGCACCGAAACCAUCUAUUCCUACAUCAUCCACUCCAAUAAGUGAUAAUCAGGACCAAAAAGUACCAGAAGCUCCUGAUGGUAGACAGGAAGGUGUAGUUCUUCACCCGGCUAACUUAGUGACACAAGCUAAUGUUGAUCCUUCCUAUGAGAAUAGGAAUGCAGAGGACUGUGAAGCAUCAUUGCCUGCAACUGUACAAUCCAGCUGAUUUAAUUAAUUUAAAUGUAAAAUUGAAGUUGUCCUAUUGUUUAUAUGAGGAAAAAAAUUUACAUAAGAACUUCCCAUCUACUGACUGGCCAAUACAUACAAAACAUAUCAAAUGGUGACGAAGUGUAUACAGUAUCUAAAAUCUGUUUAUCAUUGAAAAAUAAAAUAAGCCCCACCCACAUUUAUUUCUUGUGGGUUUGUGAUUGAGCCACCCACAGAUGUUACAUUUCAAAUCCAUAUGACCAUCAGCUGUCAAUCAGGGACAAGGCAGUUCCAUCGCCUUCUCAAGUACAGUAAUAGGUCAAGUAUUGUCAAGUCUCCUCUCAUAAAAUCCAGUAAUAAAUACCGGUAAUACUAAUAAUAAUGAAUGACUAGCUGGUCUAACAGUACUUUGCUUGGAUAACAAAAUUUUGUAAUCAAGGCAAAUAAUAUCAGACAAAUUUGUUUUAAUUCUAAAAUUGUGCCCAGAGUGAGUGUUGGUGUGUCGGUUGAUGGUGGUGAAGUCACUAUAUAACUACAUUUAUUGUGUAUGUGGACAACAUUACUGUACUUUCUUGUUUGGAUAUAUAAGUACAAUACUGUACUGUAUAUAAGAACUUUCUGGAAACUUGCUCACAUCACUACAAAUCCAACCACAGUUUUCCGUCCUUGCAUAAAUUUAAAGUAAAAAUACUGAGAAGCUACAAAAUGCCUUAAGUUGAUAGCAUAAUAAUCUUAUAAAGCAUUGUCAGUAUAUGCUACAGUAAUAUGUUUAUACUUGUAUAAAUAAAAUUACCCUUGUACAUCCACUGUCAUUAAAAACAUUUCAAUGGUUAGACAAAAGCAUGAGACUAUACAAUCACAGAACAGAAAUUUAAUGGGUUACCUUACUCAUGUACCGCUGAUUGACACUUUCAUACAAAUCCUUCACACAUCCUGUUCAAUGUUUGUUAAUCUCACUGAUUAUGUGAAACCUUUAUGAGAAUUAAAGCAGUUUUUAAUUACUCUUGAUGAGCACAUAAUCUGGCAUUUUCAUUGUCAUUAAUGCCAUACAGGUAGAAUAGUACAUUAAAACAGUAUAGUAAGAUGCUGUAAAUUGACUGACCUCUAUUACGUCAUUGUUAUAACCAUGACAGAGGCAGAGACUCAUUGGGGUAAUUUCUCUUCCAUCCCAGGUGACUAAGGGAGAAUGAGCAAGCUUGGGGAAGUUUAUAAGACUGAUCAGUAUAUUAAGUAUUGUAUUGUUGUACUGUACAGUGUACAUACAGUAUCUUAUUUCUUGCUUCAUAUUUCAUGUCAAUAUACCCAUUAUAAAAAACAUGUUGAAUUAUAGUGUACGGUAGCCAAGAUGAACCAAGCUGGUCAUAAAGACAUGUAAGAUUGUAAGUGCAGUAUUUUGAUAUUCAGUACAGGUACAACACAAGGGGGUACUUUUGUGGAAUGUGAUUUUACAGAGGGGUAACAAGAAGUAAGCUUAAUAAAACCAUAUUUUAUCAUUCCACUCAAGUUAUUACAGUAUUUUUUCCAAUAAUGAGGCAUGAAAAUACGUAACCAAUUAUUCUCCCAGCAGGUGGUUGUCUUUAAUACUGGGAUGGAGCAAGUGAGUACGUAAUUCAGAGGAAACAUUUAAGUGGGAUGUAGAUGGGAAAAUUUUUAUUGUACUGUACUUGAUGCAGUAACCCUGAGAAGAUGUAUUUAGAUUUCAUGUUUUCAGUUUAAUAAAAGUGUUUGAGGUGUGGGAGGAAGGGAACAGUCUUAAAAUUUGGUUUUAUGCUGAGCUUGUUGAACAGGUAGCAGAUAUACUGCCAUCUAAAUUUUCUGUAUUCUGGCCCUCCAAGUUAUGAAUUGUAGAUGUAGUCAUUCUGUAUUCUGUUACCACGAACUUUUGAUACAGGUAACAUAACAUGAAGUUGUUAAAUGUAAAUAUUAAUUACUGUACUGUACUAUUAUUCCAAGUGUCAGUUUCAAAUAUCAUGAAAUAAGAAUGUGAUAAUAACCAUACAGUAAGUUAGUGCUUAAGUAUGUUUAUAACUGUACAUCCUUUGUAGUUUCUGAUUUCUAAAAAAGUCUUACACAUUAA